AUGAUGAAAGUAAUUGCAAAGAGACUUGGUAGCAAAACUACGGAAUGCGCGAUCGAUAUCGGAUUAAACAAAAGUAUUCAAGAUUUGCGCAAAGAAAUCGGAAACGUUUUGUGUUUGCCUGCUGACACAUUAAAAGUUCUCUAUCUUGGUCGUCCGCUUAUUAACUCUGAAGCGACUUUAGAAUCUUACGAUAUCCAAGAUGGUGCAAAAUUAACUGUUAUUCAUACUCCAAAUGUGGAUAUGAAGGCUCCUCUGUCAUGCGCUGUUGGAAAUAUUUUCCGUUCUCAUUGUGCUGCAAAAGAUUUGCCGACCAUUUUUGAAAGGAAGGUAAAUAAAUUGAGUCUGGACGAUUUGGAAAGGUAUGCGAAGGCCAAAAAUGCCCGUAUUGCUCAACAAUCUUCUUCCUCUGUGCUAGAAUAA